CCCCCCCCCCCUCUCUCUCUCUCACUUGCUCUCACUUGCUCUCCUGGCCUCUGGCGCUUCUCCCUGCCCUCUUGCCUCCAACCUGCUCCCUUCUCGAGGGACAUUGCCCGCUCGCCCGCCCGCCCGCCUGCCUGCUCGGUGUGUUCCGCUGGCAUUCGCGAAGCAUGUUCGAUUCGGCCUUCGCCCCGACCCACCUGGUCGAGCAGUUUCCCGGGCGCUUCCUCGAAAUCAAUGAGCUCUGGUCCAUUCUCGAGGUAUGGUUCCCCUGGACGUCGCCCACUUGCUCCGGCCUGCCCUGCCUGACCCUGGAUCUGCCCCACAGACCGGCGCACAGCCCUUUGUUUAUGUCACCGGGCCGCCGGCCGCCGGCAAGUCGGCCGUGGUCCGAGCCACGCUCGAAGCCCUGGGCCGGCCCUUUGCCUGGGUAACCGGCGGUGAGGCAACCGCCUCCUCCACCGGGGCCAUGUCCGCCAUGGGGGCCGCAUCGACUUCGGCCCUGGCUACCACCCUCCCGGCGGGCUUCCGAUCGAUGCUGGAAAACCUGCUCGAUCAGCUUGCCGGGUGCCAGACUGCCUCGAAGGCCACCUCUGGCGACUGGGCCUCGGUGCUGGCCGCGAGCCUGGAUGUGCCGUCCAGGCGCGUGGGCUCGCCGUCGGACUUUGUUUCGCAGGUCCGGGAACUGGUGUGGGAGUUGGGCCAGGCCGCCGGGCCGGCCCCGGCUCCGCCCGGGGCCCAGGCCCCCGAAGCCGAAUGGGCCCGGUGGGAUGUGGCCGUCGCGCGGCAUGCGCGUCGCGCCGCCGUGGUGCUGGUCAUCGACGAGGCGGAUCGCCUCCGCGGCCUACCGCCGUAUGCUCUGGCCAUGCUCUCGGGCCUGGCGGAAUUGACCGGAGUCGCAGUGACCACCGUCAUGAUCAGCCGCCUGCCCGUGGAGGUUGUCCGUCCGCGCGGGCCCUUCCUCGAGCCGUAUCUGAUGCACUUCCCCCAGUACUCUGAGGACGACACCAUUCGCAUCCUGGUGCACAACUACCGGGCCUCGGCACCAGCCGCCAUGCCGGUCCUCCCCUCGGGCGAGGCACUGACCCGAUCAGCCGACGCCGGCAUGCAUGAGGCAUUCUGCCGACUGCUGUACCAGGUGUUCCAUGGCGCCUGUCGGGACCUGCGCGAUCUGACCCACGUGGCCGAGUCGCUGUACGGCGCAUACCGGGGACCGGUGGUGGCGGGCUUGGCGGCUCCCGGGGAUUCGUACAAACUCUACCGGCACAUUUCCCCCUACUUCCAGGUGGUGCUGGACCGGCUCUACCUGCGGACGAUCUCCUCGCGCGAGUGGAUUCGCAUCCGGCGGGACAGUCACCGGCGCGCCGUCGGGGCCGAUGCCCCCGGCGCCGAGUGUGGCCCGGGCCCCGGCAAGCGGGCUCGGCACGUGGGCCCCCCAGGGUCGCAGGUGAUCCCGGGCGAUCUCUUUGUCCCGGGCACCCUCCCGGGCGGGGUGGCCAACGAGCUGGAGCUGCAGGCGGCCCUGAAUGCCGCGGCGGCGGCCGGCAUCGGGACCGCUUCGCGCUCGGGGCUGGAUUUCGAGCUACCCAUGCACGGGAAGUUCCUCCUCGUGUCGGCCUUCCUGGCGUCACAUAAUCCGGCCCGGGCGGACUCGCAGAUGUUCGCCCGGGCCGGCUCUGCCGAGGGCGGUCGGCGCCGACGUGCCGGCGGUGGCGGGGCCUUCGGCAACUCGCCCCUCAAGGCGGCGGCCAUCCGCGGUGCAGCGGCCACCGUGCCCCAGCGCCUGCUCGGGCCCCGUCCCUUCCGCCUGGAGCGCCUGAUCGCCAUUUUCCGCAUGCUGCUCCAGUCGUCCGGCGAUGAGCUGCUCCUGAGCGGGGCCGAGCGCGAGGUCCUGGCCUCGGCGGACCUGGCCCAAUUGAUCCGCACACUGACCAGCCUACGGCUACUUGUGCGUGGGUCGCUGGCUGGCGCGGUGGCCGGGCUGGAUGCCAGUGGCCAGGCGGCUGGGGCCAGCGAACGGCGCAUCCCCCUCGAGGGGGCCACGUACCGGUGUGCGGUGGGCUACGACGCGGUGGCCCCGCUGGCUCGGUCACUCGGCAUCCACCUGGAGAGUGUCCUGUUCCGGUACAACUAACUGGCGCGAGGGCCAUCGCUGUGUCGGCAUGAAGUGAUAAACCGGUGCCCCCCCCCCGCCCCCC